CUCCGCAAAUCCUGCAGAAACCCGCCCCCGUCUCCCUGGGAACCCCGGCCGGGCUGCCGGCGGGGAUCUCCUCCAGCGGGAGGAUGCGAGCAGGACCGACGCCUCCCGGGCUGGCCAACGGGCAGCACCCGGGGCCCGGCUCCCGCAGGGGCCCAUCGUCGCCCUCCCCCGAGCUCGCCAGUGACUGCCGGAUCUUGCUCUUUCGUUUUCGUUUCCGGGAAGGAUAGUGAUUACCGGAGCGUCCUGCGCGCCUGCUCGUCCAUGCCCGGGUGCUUCUCGGAAGAGAUUUCCUCCCACGCGCUCGUCCGGUUUUCCGGGCCAAGUUAGGGGCUUGGGGGAGGAGGGCCGCGCAGCAGCGGCCCAGGGCCCCCAGCAGCCGCAGUCAGUGGUACGCUCACGACGGAAACCGGGUGUCUGCAGUCACUUCCACCUGUAAUGCAGGAGAGAACAUUGGCCGGUUCUCCUCUAAGCCCUGUGGCAGCCACGCCAUCCCCCACCACCCAGGCCCAAGCAAGAUGUGAAGCUCAAGUGCACCUGCUAGAUGAGGAGGGGGUCUGCAAACUGCCAGGAAGACUUCGCAUCCAGCCCGCACUCUGGAGCCGGGAGGACGUGCUGCACUGGCUGCGCUGGGCCGAGCAGGAGUACUCUCUGCGGCGCACUGGCGAGCAGGGCUUCGAGAUGAACGGCCGCGCCCUCUGUAUCCUCACCAAGGAUGACUUCCGGCACCGAGCGCCUGGUUCAGGUGACGUCCUCUACGAGCUGCUCCAGUACAUCAAGACCCAGCGGCGAGCCCUGGUGUGUGGACCCUUUUUUGGAUUGGCCUUUAGGCAAAAGAUGCCCAUGCAGCAGCCCCCCAGCCCCCUGGAAGAGGGGACCGGGCCCUCUCAGGCAGUCCCCAAAAGGGGCCUCCUGCAGCAGCUGCCAGACCUGGGGCUCGCCAGCUCCUUGAGCCACCUGGAUGCCCCCAGCCUGGCCAGGUGGCCCCUCGGCAGGGAGGAAACUCUCAACUUACCUCACUGUGCAGAGCUCGGCUGCAGGGCUGAGGGGGUCUGCUCCUGCCCCAUGAUGCCGCAGGCCCCCAUCGACGGCAGGAUCGCUGACUGCCGGCUGCUGUGGGAUUACGUGUACCAGCUCCUCUCGGACACCAGGUAUGAACCCUACAUCAAGUGGGAGGACAAAGACGCCAAGAUCUUUCGAGUUGUGGAUCCAAAUGGGCUUGCCAGACUCUGGGGAAACCACAAGAACCGGGUGAACAUGACCUAUGAGAAGAUGUCACGUGCCCUGCGCCACUACUACAAGCUGAACAUCAUUAAGAAGGAACCUGGGCAGAAACUCCUGUUCAGAUUUCUGAAGACACCAGGGAAGAAGGUUCAGGACCAGGUCAGCAGCCUGGAGCAGCUGGAGAGCCAGGAGCAGGACAGGAUGGAUUUCAAGGAUAAGAUGCUGGAAGUCUCUCCUUGAGGGCCAGGAGGAUUCCAGGGUGACAGGGCGGGGACUGAGCCUCCUGUGAAGGCAGCUGCAUGGCACCUCCUCCCUCCUCCCAGGGCAGUGGGAAUCCCCAGCUGGAUUUUGCACUCACAGGAUCACAGCUGCUGCCACGGGGCCUCAGAGCUGCCUGGGGACCUGAGAGGGCUGAGAGCUGUGGGGGGGGCCUCAGCUCCAGGACAGAAAGUGGUGUUUUCCCUUGGGUAGGGCAGCCUUAGGGCUAAGUGGGGUUGCAGGGAGUGGACCCUUCCCUGUCCUACCCCUUGGCACCAGCCCAGCUUGGAAGAGGUAGCCGGGUUCUGAGAAGGCAUCCAGCCCAAUGCCUUUGAUUUUCAAAAGAAGGAAACUGAGGUCCCUUGAUGAGCCCCAGCUUUCCUCAUCUGUAUAAGGGGCAUGUAUGUGAAAACCAUCCUCAGAGAGCUGAUGUAAGAAAUGGAAAAAAGGAUUAGUGCUUUGUUAAUGUUAGUAAUAAAACCAUAAUGACA